ACUGAAGCGUCAAGAAUCAUGAGCCCACCUAGUGCACUCGCCUUACAGUACGACACCAAUUUCUCUAUGGGUUCACGAUCAUCUUUUUCAUGGCCAGUCUUGGACUCAGGAUCCGGUCUCAUAAGCCCCGAACUCGGCUCAUACGGGUCAGAUAGCAGCUUCACAGGAUCAAGGUCCGGAACGGCGAGCCAACCCAGGACAUCACUAAGUGCAGAGCAAUGCCAACUCAAGAGGCAACGAGACCAAGCCCGGCGUGAUUCGAAAAUGCAUCUCAGGGGUCGCAGGGCGGGAAGCAGCUCCUCAUCUGGCGUCUAUUCACCACCUUCUUCGUUGGCAGUCUUGUCAUCAGGCGCUCCUAGCAUGCCUGUCUACACAAGUGCUGGCCCUGUCUCGCUACUGGCUGAACCUCACACUACACAUUACCAUGCGCAAUUCUCGCCACCUUUUUCAGACCACCACCACAGUCAGACCAACAUGUAUCAUAACCCAUAUCCCACGCCAACAUACAUCAACGAUUAUGGUUAUCCCGCAUCGGCCACUCCCAGCUUGCCCUCACACUACGGUCGCCCAAUGUCUGACCCAAAUCUCAUGUACCCGGUUUCACCUCCAGCAAUGGGAGGUAGCCCUCAGGAUACCGCCGGGCAGGUUCGAGUCGUGCAGCCCAGGCCGAAGCCGCAAUGCUGGGAACAUGGAUGCAACGGCCGUCAGUUCUCGACCUUGAGCAACCUUCUACGUCAUCAGAGGGAGAAGUCUGGACAGGCGACAAAGGCAACAUGUCCGAACUGCCACGCCGAGUUCACAAGGACUACUGCGAGAAACGGGCAUCUAUUGCACGACAAGUGCAAACAGAAGCGGAUCGGCAGCUAAAUGCCGAAAACAAGAAUGAAAAAAGAAGAAAAAACACAAGAUCCAGGAGACAGAUCGUGAGACCACCCGACAAUUGUAUUCGUUUCAUAUACAAAUUAUGCAUGUAUACAUUUUGGGUUUUGAAUGGGAUUUUGCAGGGGGAAUCUCGGCAACGAACAUAACGAGACAAGCUGGGAAGAAUACUGGGAGCUACAAUGAAAACUUUGCUUGGUGGAACAUGUCUAACUAGAAAGAACGUCUUGAUGACAAGAUCUACGGGUUAUACGAAUGAAAAAGCACAAACAGCUGUUGUUUCAAAGCAUGCA